CCUAGCCGGGAGCCUCACAAACUCGGGGCUCCGGGCUUGACAGCAGAAACGCAGGAGACUGGCUGCACCGAGGGAAGAUGAAUUGGUCAACGCCGUGAAGCUGGGCUUCUGGUCGCUGGCGGGAUCCAGAAAAUGGGUUACUGGAGGAGACCGGGUCUGCUUUCCUUACUGCUGCUCUCCUUCUCCUGCAGCGCUGGCGCCCGCCGCAGCCUGAAGACCAACUUGUGCAAGUGGUGCGACUCCACGCUGCCGGCCUGCGAGGAGAAGGUGUGCUACAGCAACUGCAACCUCAACUCCUACUGCGAGGACCCCUACGAGAUCUGCGUGGCCAUAUGGAGACAGGACAACGAGAGCAUCAGGAUCAGCACGCUCUGCCACAACCCCCACCGCCCCAUCGAAAACCUCAUGGUCCCCAACUACAACACCUCGCGCUGCAUCAUGACCCAUCAGCCCAGCGAGGACGGGAUCACCUACAUCUGCGGCUGCGUGGACGAGCAAGAGUGCAACGAUAAACUUAUCUUUGAAAACCACACCAAUGGCUACUCCAUGCUGCAGAGCAAAGAGGUCAUCCCAGUGGCCGCCAUCAGCCUCCUGCCCCCGCUGCUGGUGGCGGUGAUGAUCACGGUGAUAUUUUACCUCUGCCGCACGCAGAAGCGGCGCAAGAGAGCCAAGGCGUGGGGCUCCCGCCACGUCCUGAGCUGGAUGGACCUGCAGAAGAUGGCGGGCUCCCUGGUGAGCGGGGUGGCCCACCUCCACAGCGACUACACCGCCUGCGGCAGGCCAAAAAUCCCCAUUGCCCACCGGGACAUCAAAAGCACCAACGUCCUAGUGAAGAACGAGCAGGAGUGUGUGCUCUGCGACUUCGGCAUCGCCAUACGCCUUGACCCUUCCCUGACGGUGGACGACUUUGCCAACAGUGGGCAGGUGGGCACCGCCAGGUACAUGGCCCCAGAGGUCCUAGAGUCCAGGGUGAACCUGGAAGACCUGGAGUCUUUCAAGCAGAUGGACGUCUACUCCAUGGCCCUCGUUUUGUGGGAAAUGGCCUCCAGAUGUGAAGUGGUAGGAGAGGUAAAGAAUUAUGAGCUGCCUUUUGGGUCAAAAGUCCAGGAGCAGCCCUGCGUGGAUACCAUGAGGGACAUCGUGCUGCAUGGCAGAGGACGCCCCGAGAUCCCAAGCAGCUGGCUAGUACAUCAGGGAAUGCGUUUUCUGUGCGACACCAUCACGGAGUGCUGGGACCACGACCCCGAGGCUCGCCUCACCGCCCACUGCGUGGCCGAGCGCUUCAACCUGAUGGCACAGAUGGAUUGCGACGACAUCCUCAACAACAACACGGACAACGAGGCCAGCAAAACAGCUUCUCCAGGCGGGGAGCACCAGGACAGUGAUGGGAACAGAAAUAUGCAGUGACACAGCAGGCAAAGAGCCUCAUCGCGAGAAACGAGAGGAUAAGUGAGAAGCAUUUAGCUCAUGGGAAAAAAAACUCGCUUCAUUUUUCAAAAUGGAACUAAGAUCUAGUACAUAACUUAUUUAUAAGAUCUGUUUCCUCCCACAGAUACAGUGAACUGC